UGGCCACGUGAUUUCGAUACAUUAGAGGAUUAGAGAUCAACUCAACUCACCCACUUUCAUUGAAAUACAAUCCCACUUAACAGUUUUUUCAAAGGAAUUUUACUAUACGGACACACACUUUACUGUUACUGUUGAUCAUCUAAAUAAAUUUACACCAUCAAUCAUAUGCACCAAACUUGUGUACUACUUUUAUGUGGGCUUGCUGUGUUUAUAGCUAAGUAGGGGAAGAUCUGAGUUACUCAACAUGGAUGGCAAUAAGACCAUAGUAUGGUUUAGAAGGGACCUUAGGAUUGAGGACAAUCCUGCUUUAGCAGCUGCUGCUAGGGGUGGUAGUGUCUUUCCUGUCUAUAUAUGGUGCCCUAAAGAAGAAGAACAAUUCUACCCUGGUCGAGUAUCAAGGUGGUGGUUAAAGGAGUCUCUUGCCCACUUGGGGCAAUCCCUAAAGUCUCUUGGGGCUGAACUUGUGUUGAUCAAAACCCAGAGUACUCUUGCUGCUCUUAUGGAGUGCAUCAAUGCAGUAAAGGCAACAAAAGUCGUAUUUAACCAUCUUUACGAUCCUGUUUCGCUUGUUCGUGACCACAGCAUUAAAGAAAAACUGGUGGAGCUUGGCAUUUCAGUUCAGAGCUAUAAUGGUGAUUUGUUGUAUGAACCUUGGGAAAUAUAUGAUGAAAGAGGGGAUGCUUUUACAACUUUUGAUCCCUAUUGGGACAAAUGUUUGCACAUGCAAAUGGAACCUGUUUCAGUUCUUCCUCCAUGGCGUUUAAUGCAAGUGGCAGGAAAGGUUGAAAAUUGUUCUAUCGAGGAGUUAGGUCUUGAAAAUGAAUCUGAAAAAUCAAGUAAUGCCUUAUUAGGACGAGGAUGGUCUCCCGGUUGGAGCAAUGCUGACAAAGUUCUGACUGAGUUUGUUGAACAACACCUCCUUCACUAUUCAAAGAACAGACAAAAGCUUGGAGGGAAUGCCACUUCACUUUUGUCUCCAUAUCUCCAUUUUGGAGAGCUAAGUGUGAGGAAAGUUUUCCAGUGUGUGCGAAUGAAGCAGCUACUAUGGGCAAAAGAAGAGAACUUAGAAGGGAAAGACAGUGUGGUUCUUUUUCUUCGGGCCAUGGGGCUUAGGGAAUACUCCCGUUACAUUUGUUUUAACUUUCCAUUCAGUCAUGAGAGAUCAUUGUUGGGCAAUUUAAAAUAUUUUCCUUGGCAUGCUGAUCUGGGCAAUUUUAAGGUUUGGAGACAGGGUCGGACUGGUUACCCAUUGGUGGAUGCUGGAAUGAGGGAGCUUUGGGCAACAGGUUGGAUACACAACCGAAUUAGAGUGAUUGUUUCAAGUUUUGCUGUGAAGUUUCUGCUUCUCCCAUGGAGAUGGGGAAUGAAAUAUUUCUGGGACACACUUUUGGAUGCGGAUUUGGAAAGUGAUAUUCUUGGCUGGCAGUAUAUUUCUGGCAGCUUACCAGAUGGCCAUGAACUUGAACGAUUAGAUAGCCCAGAGAUUCAAGGGUCUAAAUUUGACCCAGAAGGUGAAUACGUGAGACAAUGGCUGCCUGAGCUGGCUAGAAUGCCGACCGAGUGGAUCCAUCAUCCUUGGGAUGCACCUGUUGCUGUUCUUAAAGCUGCUGGGGUUGAGCUGGGAUUAAACUAUCCGAAACCGAUAAUAGACUUAGACUUAGCUAGAGAACGUUUAACGCAAGCAAUAUUCAAAAUGUGGGAAAUGGAAGCUGCUUCCAGGGCCACAAACUCAAGUGAGCCAAAUGAAGUUGUUAUAGAUAAUUCUGAUAGUGUUCAAGCUUCAGCCAUUCCAGAGGUUGGCAUAAUAAGGGAAAGGACUCCUUGUCCUUCAAUUUCAUCUAAUGAUCAGAAGGUGCCCUCUUUUCAAAUUGGCAAGAGUAAUCCAACUUGUAGGAAGAGACCAAAAGAUGUGGAAGAAGAAAGGCCGCACAUAAAUGUUUUGCAUGAUCACAACAACAAUGCUGGGAAUGCAAGAACGGAUGAAGAUUUGUGCUCCACAGCUGAAUCUUCAGCAGCUAAGAAGCAGAGCACAAGCAACAUUUCAUUUUCUGUUCCUCAGCCUUGUUCUUCAUCAAAAGUCAAGCCUUCACAGGAGUAUGACUACUCGGAGUUCAAGCGACCAUGGCUAGCACAAAUUGACAUGGAACAGAGUUCAGGCAAGGGAGGAGCUACGUGAUAUUAAGACGAGGUAACUAUAUUGUGAUAUUAAGACAAGAUAACUAUAUUUUGAUUACCGGAAAAGAACUCGGUCGUUUUCUGUGUAAAUUUGGUGCAGUUUGAUGACCAACUUCAAAGUAUUUCCAUCAGAUGUUUGAACUUUGAAAUCUAAUUGGCUGAUUCUGUGUACUAGAUUUAAACACACAACAGGCUGCAAACAUUUCGAUGUAGAUAAUAUGUAUCUUCUUCUGUCUUUGAAAACUGAACUUAACCUUAGUCCAGAUACUAUUGAAGCUCCUUAUCUAUGCUUUGGAAUAA